AUGAAGACAUUGAACAACACCACUGGUUUUGUCAAUCCAAGCCAAAAUAUUGCAUUUUCCAGGCAUCAAAUGCAAAAUAAAAAUGGCAGCAAGUAUGCCAACAAGAAUGGCAAGCAACAGGUCAAGUGGUUUAAUUCCAAGGGUCGUGGGUUCCCUCAAGCAGGGCUGGGAAACCACAAAUCCAUUCAAAACGAAGCAGGGAACGAUUCUAGCAACAUAUCAACCUUGAGGAGUGCAAGUCAAAACCAUAGUGAUAAAGAAGAAAGUGCUGAGAAUCAAGUUUCCUCGCAACUCAUGCCUGAAGGCCAUAAGUACCCUACUAUUACAUCUGAGGAUAAUCCUUUAUUGCCAAAUCCACAUGUUGAAAGAUAUACUUCAUCCAUUUCUUACCAUGGCCAAGAUGAUGCCAUCAGACUGCCCACAUCUAAUGAAUAA